AUGGACCAUGACGGGUCUCCCCCAUCCAAAGACACCACGGUCUUCGAAGCUCAAAAGCCUAUGACAACCACCAUGACCAAGACCUCAAGCGCCGCUCCUCAGCGAAUCUCCCCCGAGGAUAUCACCGAAAAUCAGCUCUUCCGUCUGGGGUACGCCCAGAAAAUCAUCGCCGCGCGAAACGCUGAUAGGGUUAUGGCAGAGUACUUCAUCUCCGCCUACAUUCGAAUUGCCGAGCUGAAGAGAGAGCUCGCUGAAAAGGACGAGCUCAUCAGUCGCCUUCAGGCCCAACUUGAGGCUGAAUCUAAGUGA